UUAAACUCAUAGGGCGGAGAAAAGGAUCAAGAAGAUGACCACCACCAUGAAAAUCAUGUCUUUUGCUAUGCUACUUGUUCUUUUGUUCUCUAUUGAUGUUGUCGUUGAAGGAUCCGAUAGUUCGUUGUGCUGUAACACACAUGCGAAAUUUGGAGCGUGCAAAACG